AUGGCGGCGCUAGCUCUCCAACCACGUCUGCGCUUGUCGCUGCUAGCACGUCUAGCUGUGCUGCUAGCUGUCGGCCUAUGGGGCCAGACCACUGCCGGAGCCUACGAUGCCACCGUUUGCGGGCAAAUGGGUUACACGAUACCUUUCAACAACAUGACCUUCAACGCCGACGCCUGGAACCCUGACGUCAAAGGAUUCCAAUGCAUAUCCGUCCAAGACUCACCGCCUGCUUUUGCGGCAACCUGGUCGUGGUCGUCGAAUCCGGAGAUGGUCCACUCCUACCCCCACGUGAAGCUGACGGCUCCUGGUCUGCCGACACCCUUGUCCAACAUCUCGGCAUUGGUUCUCUCCGCUCAAUGGUCCAUGGGUCCGGGGUCGAAGCCUCGCCCGGCGCGGGUGGUUGACCAUGACGGCCUGACCAACGACGGCACAUCUGCCAAUGUGGCGUUCGACAUGUUCGCUGAUCGUGAUGUCGCCAAGGCACUCAACGAGCAGACUGCAGAGACCGAGAUAAUGAUCUGGGUGGGGAAGUUUGGCCAUGCAGAACCACUCGGGUUCGACGCGAACAUGACCAAGACGUGCUUCACCCAGACUAUCGGGGACGCAGAAUUUGUCUUGUAUCAGGGCCAUAAUGAGAGAGGUACCAACGUUUUCACCUGGGUAGCGUCGGCCAAUCACACCACCUUUACGGCGGAAGUAUCGCCGUUGUUGCAAUACCUAUGGCGCAACAGCCUGGUAUCAGCCAAAUCUCAUCUCGGCUUGGUGUCUUUUGGGUCGGAGGCGUACCAUUCAGAAGGCACCGUCACCUUCUCUGCAUCGGAGUUCGACAUGGACCUGGUUACGGGCGCGGCUCCGAAGCUCGCAGUCGGCCACCUGUGUUCUCCAGCGGCAUCCACCAAUCCUCCACAAUGGUUGUUCUCUAGCGCCUUCAUUAUGAGCGCUACUCUACUCUAUCUGAUAUCGUAG